AUGAAGGGUGAAGUAUUCCCGAAGGGGGGGAAUGUUGAAAUAGAACAGGUCCAGUUCCCAGUGUUCGGGUACGUGUACCUGGUCCUCACGGUGCUGAUACAGUUCGUCUGGGGCGGCAUGAAGGCAGCCAAGAUCCUCUUAUUGGUGGAUGAACUUGAGUUCAGCGAGAACGAAGCGGUCAUCAUCAUCCACUUGCAGGCUUCGCUGAUGGACUUGGUAAUGUGCGUCGGUAACAUCUUAGCGAACCUCUACUGCGGUCCGUACUUCACCUGCGUCUUACAGGAUCUCUUAAAGGCACUCUUCACCUGCCCGGUGUGCACGCUAUCGACGAUGGGAAUCAUGGAUCUCAGUAGUCGGAGGUACUUGUAUGUAUCUGGACAGGUCCUGGGAAUCUUCACAGCCUUCGGAAACAGUUGCGUGGCUACUUUCCUCGCUAAUCAGUUCGACACGGAUAACUACGUCAAGUUCAACAGGGCUAUGCUCGUCUUGACCUUGGUCUGCUCGGCGAUAGGUAUAUUCACCAUACCACAUUUGAUCCAAUAUUAUCAAUGCUUUUGGACGGAAACUUGUUACUCAAUGGUGUGGAUAUGCGAGUGGGCCUUGUGUAUAACCACAUUAUUGGUUUUUUUGAUUUUAUAUAAGAAAUUGCAACAUAAAAGGCCUAAAUACAGUAUAAAUUACAUGCUGUUGAAACUUACACGCGAUGCGUCUAAAAAGAAGCAACGAGAGGCGAAAUCGGGAACGGUGCGUGAUAGACCACUAUUGGAGUAUUCAGAUCUGUACUCGCCCCAGUUCAGGAGGGACGCUCAAAAGAUCCUGUCCAUGUGGACUUUUUAUUUACCAUUGGCUGGUUACUGGGCCCUCCAUUCCCAACAGGCGACUACUUGGAUCCUUCAGGCCAAGAGGUUAGACGGGAAUCUCUUUGGCUGGUCCACCGUCUUGCCGAACGAGCUGUGGGGUCUGAUACCGCUUACAGGAAUAGUAGUGCGUAUGAUGGUUCAAACGUUUAAGGAAGACACUAAGUACCCUCUGAGGAUGACUGUGGUAUCUCAGCUGAUAAUGGGCAUUGCCUUCCUGUUAGCCGCCAUAUUGGAAAAAUACAUCAUGGACGCAGAGGAUUAUAAAGUGCACAUGGUCUGGGCACUCCCCCAGCUCCUCUUAGUCUCCAUCUCGGAUAUCAUCCUCGUUUCAUCGUACCGCAAAUUCAUAAUUCGGGAAGUUCCCCCAAAUUUCCGAGGAGUCACCCAGACUCUUUUCGUCUUGUCAAGGUGCCUCGGCAACGCCAUCGUCGUUCUCGUAAACUUAAUGGAGAUGCAUACAGGAUUUCCUAAUCGUCUGGGACAAUUCAUCAUCUAUGCCAGCGUCCUAAACGUAUUUCUAAUCAUGUUUACAGUGCUCAACAGAAAAUUUGAACGCCUCCUCCGGAGGGAAAGAGAUUCUAUAAUCAGGUCGUCCACAAGUAACUAA